GCCAAAGACAAAAGAACACUAGAAUAGAACCGAACCCUAGGAAUUCAAAGAGUUUUUCCCAAAGUCAAUGGCGGGAACGAAAUUCCAUUUCCAAUCCCGCCAAUAGAGUCGUACCAAUUCAUUUCAAUUCCAAUUCGUAACCGCUACCCGUUUAUAAAAGCGAACCGGUCGAACCGCACCCUUCACUUUCCCACACAGACGCUCUCUGAAAUCAAAAAAACCCUAGCCCUAGCCAAGAAGCACACAGAGUCCCAAAGGAAAAAAAAAGCGAAAAUGUUGGAACUACGGCUAGUCCAGGGUUCGCUACUGAAGAAGGUUCUGGAGUCCGUAAAGGACCUUGUGAACGAUGCAAACUUCGACUGCUCCGCCACUGGGUUCUCGCUCCAGGCCAUGGAUUCAAGCCACGUGGCGCUGGUCGCGUUGCUGCUUAGAUCUGAGGGCUUUGAGCACUACCGCUGUGACCGUAACCUUUCCAUGGGUAUGAACCUUAACAACAUGUCUAAGAUGCUCAAGUGUGCUGGCAACGAUGACAUCAUCACCAUCAAGGCUGACGAUGGCAGUGACACCGUCACUUUCAUGUUUGAGAGCCCCACCCAAGAUAAAAUUGCUGAUUUUGAGAUGAAACUGAUGGACAUCGAUAGUGAGCACCUUGGGAUUCCAGAGGCAGAAUACCAUGCUAUUGUUAGGAUGCCUUCAGCUGAGUUUGCCAGGAUUUGCAAAGAUCUCAGCAGCAUUGGUGACACUGUUGUCAUUUCUGUGACUAAGGAAGGUGUGAAGUUCUCCACAAGGGGUGAUAUUGGAACUGCAAAUAUUGUUUGCAGGCAGAAUACCACAGUAGACAAGCCAGAAGAAGCAACAAUUGUAGAGAUGAAUGAGCCAGUGUCAUUGACAUUUGCACUGAGGUACAUGAACUCCUUUACAAAGGCAACCCCAUUGUCAAACACAGUUACAAUUAGCUUGUCUUCAGAGCUCCCUGUGGUGGUUGAAUACAAGAUUGCAGAGAUGGGUUAUAUUAGAUUUUACUUGGCUCCUAAGAUAGAAGAGGAUGAAGAUGAGACAAAGCCUCAAGCUUAGGUGUUGUGCAAGCACACAACCGAUUUUCCUUGUUCAUGCAAAUUGCUGUUUGUUUAAGAUCAUGUUGAGGAUUUUUCUUAUGCAUUAUCCUCGGUUUUCUUUGUGUUCAAUUGUUUGGUAGUUUAGAAGAAUUUGAUAAUUCUGGUAACUGAUGAAUUUAUUUUUGUUGUGUUUUAUAGUUAGGAUGAACUUUGUCAGAUGUAUGUUAGUUUAUACAAUUUGUGGUUUCUAAAAAUCGAGGAAAAAAAAUUCAGAGACUUUCCACGAAAAUGAACUUUAAGACUGAA